UUUUUAUUGCAUUAAAUGCAUCUGCAGACAAGGACACAUCACAACCCCCAUAAAACGUGCACGCCCCCCGUAGCAAGACAAAAAGUCGUGGAAAAGUUUUGUUUACCUUUUUUCGAUAUCUAUCCCCAGAGUUCUGCUCCUACACCUGUGUUGGUGUGCACGCGUGCGAGUGUGUGUGUGUGUAAGGUGUUGUGUGUGCAAAAAUGCAUCCGAAAAUCUAGUAGAUGUCCCGCAGCGAGGUUAUUGUUCGUUCUAAAAUUGUGAAAAAGCCAGGCACAUGGAAAAUGUGUCCGAUGCCAGCUGCAGCGCUUCUUCCCUGAAACUCCAACGGCAGCAAACUCAAAUCAAAGCCAAAAAUGUCCUAAUCAGAUCCCAGAGCAGCGGCAAGCUUAGCAGAAAUGAGGCUGAAUCCACAACAACAGCAACAACAACAGCAACAGCGAAAACCACAAAAGCCACAACGAGGACUCUCAAGAUCGGGGCCAUGCAACAGAAGCAGCUACAGCCACCAAAUGGAGUCAACGCUAGCAACAUCAUCCUGCUGCGGGGCACACGCAACGAGAACGGCCAGAUCAUUAUCCAGAACAAGCAGGACAUCCUCACCCUGCUCAACGAGCAGCAGCAGCACCAGGAGAAGGCAGCCCAGGCGGCCCAGGCGUCCACAGCCAUCACACUCAAUCAACUGCCAACGACCACCACAGUGGCUCGCAAGACGAUUGUCCAGAGCUCGGGGAGCAGCACCACCAGCACCAGCUCCACCAUAUCCAUCGUGGCCAGCAGCAGCAGCAGCAGCAGUAGCGGUGUUGGUGCCAAGGAUGCCGCUAGUAACACGAUCCUCCUGCAGACGCCCAUCAAUGCCAGCCAGCUGGAGAGCGUGCUGAAGGCCCAGGAGCGAACGAAACAGGCGAACGGCUCGGCACAGACCAAGCUCAUAGAGAGGCCCUUCCUGCUAAAGCACGCCACGCGGAGCCUCAGCUCGGAGAGCAAUUGUGACAGCAAAUCGCCGUUCGUGCUGCAGACACUCAAGCGACUGGAGAAAUCGCAAUCCAUUCUGGUCAUACGCAACUCCACAUCAGGCAGCACUUCCUCAAUGGCCGUUUCUCCGCCUGUGAAUGUUUCGGCCUCCGUAUCAUCGAAUGUUUUAAGCGUGACACGCACUUCAAAGGCUGCCAAGGGCAUGGCAGGUGCGCUGCACAAGCUCAAGGCGGCCGCAACGGCAGCAGCCGCAGCGGGAGCAGGAGCAGGGGCAGCACCAUCCGCAUCAUCGACAGGCACAACCAUACUGAGGCUAGGCAAAAGCGCCACCACAUUGGCCAUUAACGGAGCUGGGGGCAGCAGCAAAAUGGAGGCCGCCGCCGCCGCCGCCGCCGCAACAGCAACCACAACGUCAACAGCAAAUAAAUUGUCCAACACGGUGACAUCGGAGCAGCAGCAGCAGCAACAAUCGACAACAACGCAAACGAAUGUGCCACUUGGGAACGAUGGCGAACCUAUCAAACUACCCGACAAUUUGGAGAGCCUGCCAAGAGCUGACAGUUUUCCAUCACAGCGUCAUCGUUGGAAUACAAAUGAGGAAAUUGCUGCGAUUCUUAUCAGCUUUGACAAGCACUGCGAGUGGCAGUCCAAGGAGGUCCGAACCAGACCCAAGAGCGGAUCCCUGCUGCUGUACUCGCGGAAGAAGGUGCGCUAUCGCCGCGACGGCUAUUGCUGGAAGAAGCGCAAGGAUGGCAAGACGACGCGCGAGGAUCACAUGAAACUGAAAGUACAAGGCACGGAGUGCAUCUACGGCUGUUAUGUACACUCGGCCAUAUUGCCCACGUUCCAUCGCAGAUGUUACUGGCUGUUGCAGAAUCCGGACAUUGUUUUGGUGCACUAUCUGAAUGUGCCGUAUCCGGAUGAUAAUAAAAUGGCAGUGAUUGCCCCCAGCAUCACCCUGUGGGGCGACAAGAAAGAGUGGACCAAGGAGGAGCUGGUCAGCCAGCUGAAGCCGAUGCUCUCCACAGUCAACUCCGAUGAUGACUCCGACUCGGGCAACGACAUUGAGAUAUCGACGGCCGAGACCGUGGAGUCGAUUGUGUGCCAGCUGAUGGAGAAGCAGCGCUUGUCCCGCCAGGCGGCCCUCGUCAAGCAGCUCGACUGCGGCUGCGGGGACUCGGGCUGUGCCGACGGCAAGACCUGCACGCAUCCCGUGAUGCGGCGCACGGGCGGCAUCAUCAAGUCCGCGGUGGCCACAUCGGCCUCAGAGAAGCGACUCAACGAGGGGGCCUUCAACGGCGGCACGCCCAAUGUGGUGGUGGCCAGCAAGCUAUACUCCCGCUGGGCGGAGCGGCCGCGCCAGCGCAACGAUGGCAUGCACCUGGACAACCCGCACGCACAGUUCCACAAUGCCACGCAACAGCUGCCCCAGGAAUCGGCCAUCAAGUUUCAGAUCAUUCCUCCUCAACAGCAGCAGCAACAACAGCAACAGCAGACGGGACAUGGCGAUGGCAGCUAUCAGCAGCAAUAUCGUGGUGCCAAUCAGAUGCUGGCCGCAAGAAGCAAUCUGGUGAUGCAGCAACAACAGCAACAGCAGCAGCAAUAUCACCAGCAACAGCAGCAACACUUGAGUCUGCAACGAUUCGUGGCCAGUCAGAGCCAAAAUUCGGCUCAUUUGAAUCAGCAUCAUCAUCGCCUGCAAAUUGCUAAUACAACAAUCACGGCCACAGCCAGAGAUCCUUCCACAACAGUAGCAGCAGCAGCAACAGCAGCAUCGGUAGCAUCGGCAUCAGCAGCAGGAGGAGGCUCCGUCUUAAAUGGAAUGGAUACGGAACUAAUUGAAAUCCAAAGCCACAUGACUGCAAACAAAAUCACUAGCUCCGUCAGCAGCAAUGGCAAUGGCAGCGGCAGCAAUUCCAGUGCCAGUGCCAAGCAAUUAGCAGCUCAAACGAACAACGAAUUAAAUGUCGUAAAUAAUAACGACCCCAGCAACAAUAACUUUAUGUACAAUCAACAACAGCAGCAACUGAAUACUUCCAGCAACAGCAACAACACACAGCAGCAGCAGCAGCAGCAACAUUAUUAUAAAUUGCAACAGACAUCAGCAACCCCAAACAGUGGCCAACUCCAACUCCAAAAUCAAACACAAACACAAACCCCAACCCUUGUCCAACCCCCUGUUGAGGCCAUGUGUAUGUCACCUGAGCAUCGCAGCGGCAGCAGCAGCAGCAGCAACAACAAUACGGCCUCAACGUCUUCCGCUGUCAACAGUCAUAACACCUCCCCCUCCACAGCCAUAGCCACAACCACGUCCAUGGCCGCAUCUAUAUCUAUAUCCACAUCUACGUCCGGCACAUCGUCCACCUCGAGUUCCUUACAAUCGAUUAUCGAUGGCAAUCAGCAGCAACAAAUUACUACGACAUCGACGGCAGCAACUUGUGAUAAUUUAAUGAGCGCCAAUGCGCUCACUGAGCUGAAUGGAGGGAGCAGCAGCAGCAGCAACAAUCAGGCCACAGAUGGCCACAACAAGAGUCAAUCGCAAUCUCAGCCUCAAACUCUGAGCCAAAAUGGUUGUGCAACAUUCAGUGCUUCCAGUGAUAAUAGCAGCCAAAUUAGCGCCAGCGACGAGAGUAGCAGCUUUGGGGCCAACAAUCAGAACAACAGCAUACACAGCAUCCACAGCAGCCAAAGCAGCAGCAGUAACAGCAGUGAGGACGAGCCCCAGGCGGGCAAUGCUGCCGAGACCCUGAGCUUCUUCAACGAAACCCUGGAUCUAUCCCAUGAGGAUAUUCAACGUACACUGAUAGCCAAUAUGCAGCCGUACAAUACGGCUGCAGGCGAAGCAGCCACGACAACGAUAGAACCUUUGGCAACAAACGGCAGCCACAGUAGCAGCAACAGCAAUGGCAAUCCUCAAGAAGUGGAGAAGAAACCUUCAGUCGGCCAGGAAGUCGAAGCCGAACCUGAGGAGGAUGACACAGACGAUGUGUUUGCCAACCUGGAUGCCUUCGAUAUGCUCGUGGAGUUCCCCGAGCUGGAUCUGGAUGAUAAGCAGGCCCUGAACAACACGGCCUUGGAGCAGGGCUCCUAUCUGGGACAGGCGGCCGCCCAAACGCAGCAGCCCCGCAAGAUCCACAACAUCUGCGACUUCAGUCCGGAGUGGUCGUACACCGAGGGCGGAGUCAAGGUACUUGUGGCCGGACCCUGGACGAGCAGCAAUGGUGCUGGCGCCUACACGGUGCUCUUCGAUGCCCAGCCCGUGCCCACGCAGAUGGUGCAGGAGGGAGUGCUCCGUUGCUACUGUCCUGCCCACGAGGCGGGCUUUGUGACGCUCCAGGUGGCCUGCGGCGGCUUUCUCGUGUCCAAUUCGGUCAUGUUCGAGUACAAGCUGUCGCUGCUGGCCGAUGCCCCGUUCGAUGCGAGCAGCUCCAACGAUUGCCUGUACAAAUUCACGCUGCUCAAUCGCCUCUCGACCAUUGAUGACAAGUUGCAGCUGAAGACGGAGCAGGAGCCGACGACGGACCACACGGCUCUCUAUCUGGAGCCGAACUUUGAGGAGAAGCUGGUCGCGUACUGCCACAGGCUGACGAAGCAUGCCUGGAGCAUGCCCAGCACAGUGGCCAGCUGGAGCGUGGGCCUGCGGGGCAUGACGCUGCUGCAUCUGGCCGCCGCCUUGGGCUAUGCCAAGCUGGUAGGCGCCAUGCUCAAUUGGCGGGCGGAGAAUCCACAUAUCAUACUCGAAACGGAGCUGGACGCCCUCAGUCAGGAUGUGUACGGUUUCACGCCGCUCGCCUGGUCCUGUGUGCGUGGCCAUGUGGAGUGUUCCCUGCUGCUCUACAAGUGGAAUCACAAUGCGCUGAAGAUCAAGACGCAGAGCCAGCAAACGGCCCUGGAUUUGGCCAACCUGAAGGGGCACAAACAUCUCCUGGCCCAGAUAUUUCGACUGGAGAAGGAGCGCUGCCGCAAGCCGCACUUGCGCGGCGGCCUGGCCAAUCUUUCAAUGAACCUAGGCGUUGAAACGGAAGCGGAGGAGUCGCAGCCGCAGACCUACAACAGCUUUGACCUGGAGAUACUCCAAAGAAAGCACGAUGGCGUCUUUCUCAGACCUGGGGCAGUGCAUAGCAAUCAAAGUCCUCCCAACAAUGGCAGCAGGUACUCCAAGCGCUCUUCCAUAGACAGCGGCAUCAACAUGGACAUACGCAGCAAGUCAGGCAAGUCCCUGGCCAGGCUGCACAGCAACUUUGAGGGGCACGACAGCUAUGCAUUGGGAGUGGACUCGCCGCUGGAUACGCUGACUGGGACCAAUUGCCUGCUCUCGCCGCUGCGUAAAAUGGAUUUCGCCCUGUGCGAGGUAUCCACGGGCGAGUCGAGCCCCAUACACGACAAAGACAUCGAUGGCGAUGACACCUCGACGAGCGCCACCGAUGUGACCAUAGGCAAUGACCUGGCCCUGGCCCUGGCCGAUGCAGUUGUAGGGGACUCGGAUGCCAAAGUGCUGACCCUGGCCGAACACAUUAUAGCAGCAAUGCCAGAGCGCAUCAAAAAUGAAGCCGAUGAAAUGAUGGUGCUGGGCAGCCCCUUGACUGAGCCACUGACCUCGGAGUCCUCGGCCCUGACAGACAGCUUUAUGGAUCCCCUGCUGGACUCGCUUCCCAAUACGCAUUUCGACAGCGACUUCAACUUCGACUUCCACGACCACAGCUAUCGGUACCACGAUGUGAGCACUCCCUGCUCCAGCCUGAGUCCCGCCAGCUCGGGGCCGCUGCAGUCGCCGGCCAGCUACUCCAUACUGGGCACAGAUCCGUCUGUCAGCUCGCCCAGUCCGCCGCCGUCGACCAAGCAGCUGACCGAGUUCCUGCACGCCUCCAGCCUGUCGCAGUAUCCGUUCGAGGCGGACUUCUCCAAGCUGACGCUGACCGACACGGAGCAGCGGGAGCUGUACGAGGCGGCCAAGUGCAUACAGAAGGCCUACCGCUCGUACAAGGGCCGGCAGAAGCUCGAGGAGCAGAACAAAGAGCGCACUGCCGCCAUUGUCAUCCAGAACUAUUACAGGCGGUACAAGCAGUACGCCUAUUACAGGCAGAUGACCAACGCCGCCCUGGUCAUCCAGCAUGGCUAUCGUUCCUAUCGAAAGAACAAACGCUUCAAGAAGAGCGGCCUGGGCCAGGGCAUGGCAGGGGGCAGCGAUCACGGCAGCGUCAGCAGCAACUCUCAGUGCCUGUCCAGCUUCUACGACCACUACAAGCAGGAUCAGCAGCAGCUGCAGCAGCAGCAUGAGAUGGGCUCGCAGCCGAGCACGCCCAAGGAAACCAGUCCCUCGGGUCCCUUGAAACGAACAUACUCGCAGUCCACCCAGAAUCAAGCUGCCAGGAAGAUCCAACAGUUCAUGAGACAAUCACGCAUCAAACUACAGAGAGAGCGAGCCGAAAAAGAGAAGCUGGUGCACCAACGCAGGGCGGAAUACCUUCAAAACUUGCAGUAUCAAGGGCAGCAGGAAAUCUUGGCUUGCCUAGAAAAUAACAGUUCUGCCCAGAGCAGUGGCAGCAACACCUAUACGAACAGCAUCAACAAUCUACAAUCCAAUCAGUGAGGGUAAACUGAGUGAAUUUUUAACAUAGGAACGGGCUACAACAGGCCACCGCGUUCCAUAAGAAUUUAUGAAUAGCUUUAACAACUGAGUGAAACGUUUCUACUUUCGUAUUUAUUUUCGAUUAGACUACAAUCCCGAGCACCUCUGUAGUAGAACUCUGCUUCCAGCUCAACUCUCUCUCUCUUUCUCUCUCUAUCUAUGACUAUCACUCAAUUAUUAGAAAGAACUACCUGCACUUUGAUUCAUUUGCGUAACGAAUUUUAAACUUUGAAAAACUGAUUUCGAAAUGAACUUAGACUAGGUUAGUGGUUUUUACAUAAGAGUACUACGUAUUACUUAACAUAAUCUUAACUGAAAAUCGAAAAUCGAACCGAACUCCAGGGAGAUGAUGAGAGCACACAAUUUUUCCAUUUGUCAACUCGAAAGAACUUAUUACCGAAGCCUUUGAAAAACUUUUUAACUCCAAUUGUAGUGGAAACCGUAGUCUACAGUAUAUAUAUACACACAUACAUACAUACAUAUUAUAUACAAUGAACCUAAAUCAAUAUAACUAUUAGCAAGUGUAUGCGCCUAUAUAGUUACAUUUUGUAUAUACUAUAGAUACGCCCAACUAACUAAAUUCUAGUCUAUUUUAUCGUACUACUACCAAGCAAAGCUAUGCAAUGUCUCUGAAGGCAAACAGCGUACCCGAACCCGAGCCCAAGCCCCAAUCCAGAUUAAUCCAACAUUAAUCAUCGACUAAACUACGUUAGAUAGCCAGUUAACUAGUCGCUACGCUAACUGCUCUUUAGGUCUAAGACUAUGGACUCCACCGUAGAGUUCGCAAAUGUUGUUGCUGAUUUCUAAAAUCAGAGUAGAGUUUGGAGUGCGCAGCAGCUGCAAAUCUACGCGCCUACGGUCGUAUAUAUAUCAUGUUUCAAACAAAGCAAAACUAAUCUUAUUUCCCUCACGCAAGUACUUAAAGCUAUGUCCUAAUUUAUGUGACUACUUCGCUUAGUCUAAGCCUAGUAAAUGAUAGAAUAGAACAAACUUAGAGAUAACCUUGUUAAGCUCCUUGGAUGAUGACUUAAGCUGACCCAGACUCGAUCCGGCAAACACGGAAGGAGGAGGGACUGGACGGGACGUCCUGUUGGUAUGGUUGAAAUCUCAGUCUCAACUUUCUGCUGCCUCAACUGGUUGAUCCUCGAUCUAUAAUUGCUUGAAGACGACACAGCCAAAAACCCAACACCGAAAACCGGAAAACCGAAAAACCAAAAGCAAGAGAGAAAAGUUUUUAAACUAAAUGUAACAAUAAAUGAAUUUUUGUAAAUUA